AUGUCAACUUCAGCCGUAGCGAAAAAGCUGGUGGUAUGCGGAGGAAACGGCUUCCUCGGGUCUAGGAUCUGCAAGUACGCCGUCGCCAGAGGCUGGGAUGUCACUUCCAUCAGCCGCUCAGGCGAGCCCAAAUGGUCCGCCGUGACCUCAUCACCGUCCCCUCCCCAGUGGUCGCACAAAGUCUCCUGGGAGCGCGCCGACAUGCUCAGUCCGGUGACCUACGCCCCUCUCCUCAAGGGUGCCGACUUCGUCGUCCACAGCAUGGGUAUCCUCCUCGAGGCCGACUACAAGGGCGUCGUAUCCGGCCAGGAGUCCCCCAUCUCGGGCCUGCAAAAGGCCUUCGCCCCCGUCAAAGACCGAGGCGUUGAUCCCCUCAAGACCUCCGCCGAGGAAGGCGGGGAUCUCAAGCCGCCCAACCCAAAGGACCAAUUCUCGUACGAGAUCAUGAACCGUGACAGCGCCAUCGCCCUGGCCAAGCAGGCCAGCGCCGAGGAGGCAAAGGCCUUUGUCUACGUCUCCGCCGCCGGCGGGGCACCCGUCCUCCCCGCGCGGUACAUCACCACCAAGCGCGAGGCCGAGAGCACCAUCGCCAGCGAGUUCCCGCGGAUGCGGGGCAUUUUCCCGCGGCCGCCCUUCAUGUACGACAGCUCGAGAAAGUUCACACUGCCCCUGGCUGCCAUGACCGGCGCGGGUGCCCUGUUCAACAGGCUGACCGGUGGGGUAUUGGGCGGGUUCAUGGGCGCGAGCGGCGUGAAGCCUCUACCAGUCGAGACCGUCGCGGAAGCAGUAGUGGAAGCACUUGAUGAUGUCAAGGUUCAGGGCCCGAUUGAGGUCCCCGAGCUGGAGGAGUUGGCAACCAAAGGCUGGAGAAAAACCAUGCUCUGA